AUGGGUGUACCUAAGUUCUUCAGGUACACAAGUGAGAGGUACCCUUGCCUCAACGAGCUGGUGAAGCAGUAUCAGAUACCAGACUUUGACAACAUGUAUUUAGACAUGAAUGGAAUAAUUCACAACUGUUCACACCCUGAUGAUUCAAACCCACAUUUCCGUAUAACAGAGAAGAAGAUUUUCGAAGACAUCUUCCAUUACCUUACCAUACUGUUUCAAAUUAUUAAGCCUAAGAAAUUAUUCUUUAUGGCCAUUGAUGGUGUUGCUCCUCGAGCAAAAUGAACCAGCAGAGAGGCAGAAGGUUUAGAUCAGCAAGAGAAGCAGAGAAGUUAGAAGAAGACGCCAGAAACAAAGGCGAAACACUGCCAUCGGAGAAGCGCUUCGACAGCAACUGCAUCACGCCGGGCACCGUGUUCAUGGCUCGUCUACACGAACAGCUCAAGUAUUUCGUCAAGUCCAAGAUUUCCACCGACCCCCUCUGGGCUAAAGUCAAGGUCAUACUAUCUGGACAUGAGACGCCUGGAGAAGGUGAGCACAAGAUAAUGGACUACAUCAGAUGGUCGCGGUCUCAGCCGGACUACGAUCCCAACACGAGACACUGUCUGUAUGGACUGGACGCUGAUCUCAUCAUGUUGGGCAUGUGCACACACGAACCGCAUUUUGCACUGCUUAGAGAAGAGGUGAAAUUCGGUAAAAGUACAAAUCGUGCGACGUGCCCCGAAGAGACUAAUUUCUACCUCCUACAUUUAUCGUUGUUAAGAGAAUAUUUAGAACAAGAGUUUAUAUCUAUUAAGGACAAGCUGCCGUUUCAGUACGACUUGGAGAAAAUUGUCGAUGACUGGGUGCUAAUGGGAUUCUUAGUGGGCAAUGACUUUAUACCCAACUUGCCCAAUAUGCACAUUAGUAACGAUGCCUUGCCUGUCCUAUAUAGUACUUACAUGAAAGUGCUGCCUACUUUAGACGGUUAUAUAAAUGAGUCUGGAGAUCUGAACUUGAGGAGGUUUGAAGUGUUCAUGCAGGAACUUGCCAAGAUCGACAUGGAGAAGUUUCAGGACACGUAUGCAGACCUUAAGUUUUUUGAAGCCAAGACUGGCAGGAGGCCUAAUGCUAAUGAGAGGAAAGAUUACAAGCCAAAUAAUGACGAGACGUUCAAUGUGAACGUUGAGGAUAUCAAAGCAAACAAACCAGAUGACGAGCUUCAAGCAUUGAUCAAUGCGACGGAGGACAUGUUUAUGGACGAUAUGGAAAUAGAAAAUGAAGAUGAAGAGUAUGAAGAGACUAGUGACGAGGAAGCUAAUAUGGCAAUGGAAUUCAUACUACACAAAAAGGAUUACUAUAUGAACAAAUUAGACUAUUCUAAAGUCACAGAUGAAGUGCUAGCUGACCAAGCAGAAGGCUACGUACGAGCGAUUCAAUGGAAUUUGUUCUACUAUUACAAAGGAUGUCCGUCUUGGUGUUGGUACUACCCACAUCAUUACGCACCCUAUAUAUCAGAUAUUAAAGGAUUUGCAGAUCUAAAGAUUGAAUUUGAACUUGGGAACCAUUCAAACCUUUUGAGCAGCUCUUAGCAGUAUUACCAGCAGCGAGCAAGCAGCUCCUACCAGCUCCGUUCCACGCGCUGAUGACGGACGAGGACUCCCCCAUAGUCCACUACUACCCCAUCAACUUCGAAACCGAUCUCAAUGGGAAGAGAAACGACUGGGAAGCUGUCGUACUCAUACCUUUUAUCGAUGAGGUAAAUCUUCUGUCGGCCAUGGAGCCCUGUUAUCAGAGACUGACUGAAGAAGAGAAAAGUCGGAAUGCACAUGGACCUAUGUUAGUGUAUAAUUGGACUCAGAAAAACCUAGGUGCAUUAUUAGCGCCUCAACACUUCGAUGCGAUCGCUGAAUGCCACGCUACAGAGACUGAAGUAUGGAGACAGGAGUUAGAAGUCCCCGAUAGUAUGUUGAAGAGAGGAAUGCUACCUAAUGCUAAGAGGGACAUGCUGUUCCCUGGGUUCCCUACUAUGAGGCAUCUUAAGUAUGAGACAAGUAUCAAAAAAGGUAAAGUAAAAGUAUUUGAUCAGCCGUCUCGCAAUGAGAACAUGAUAGUAGAGAUAAUAAGAGAAUCGGAGACCGAAGACCCAAUCACUGAAGUAGCUAAAAAAAUGCUAGGAAAGGUCAUAUGGGCCGGCUGGCCACAUCUCACUAGGGCUAAAGUAAUAUCGGUAUCGAACGAUAAGUUGAGACUCCACCACAUAGACCAGCAGAACAACAACCCGGACGGCUCGCCCAACUACUCCACGGAGACCAACAGUGGGAACCUACAUAAACAGUGGAUCAGUGAACGAUCCACUAUUAUUGAACACAAUAUGAAUCGACUCGGCAUUGAAUUGGGCGAAGUGACAACGAUCAUUCAUGCGGUCAAUUUGAAAGGUUUCAAAUACAUGAUCCAAGACAACGUGAAGAUGGUAGAAGAACCGGAGUGGUGCACCAUCCCUUGCGGGUACGCGUUGCAGGCUGUAGUGACGGACGUCACCGCGCAUAUAUUGCAGGAGGGGGGACGCUUCAGUACGCUACAGGAGGCGUAUCCUAACGGGGACUCCGUCUUCUUACUCACGCAAGGACAACAUUAUGGAGCUCAUGCUACUGUAGUGGAAUCGGAAUCGAUCCGCAACGGUCGUAUAAAGGUGUUAGUAGUGGAGCGGCCGGAGCCCGUCCCGCGCGCCCAGGCGGGCAGCACGCCCUACCGCACCGCCAACCACGCCGCCGCCGCUUGUGGUGUAUCAGCACAGACGUUAUCCCGUAUAACUGGCACGAUACUGGUGGUGCCGGGGGAACGACACGACCGGCCUACUGAACAACUCAACAAACUCAACCUGGGACUCAAUUUGAAGUUUAAUAAAAAGAAUCUCGAAGUGGCCGGCUACACGCGUCGCUGUAAGGUGACCAAUACGUGGCUAUACUCCGAGCGUUGCAUAGAACUAGUGCUAGCGUACGAGAAAAAGUAUCCUGAGAUCUUCGACGUUAUCAGCUCGGGAAAACAGAGCAAGGAUACAUACUUCGAGAGUGAUUUCUACCCACAAGAUUUUAGUAGCAACAAAGCUCAAGAUAUAGCGCAGUGGAUAAAGGCCCAGGCGCACACGCGCGCCGCGCGCCGCGAGUGUGGGUCGGAGGCGCUGGAGCCCGACGAGAUGCGGGCGCUCGCCGCCGACCUGCGGGCACAGGCCGCCGCGCUCUGCGGGGCUGAGAAGACGCACUCCAUCCAGGUCAAGUGGAACUUGCUGUAUAAGCCGGAGCUCCACAGCGGCAACCUGUCCCCGGACCCGAGGGCGGACUUCCGUCUGUACGACCGCGUGGUGUGCGUGGCGCGCCACAUGACGGUCCCGCUGGCCGCCGCCGGCACCGUCGUCGCCGUCUGCAGCGCCGCGCCCAGUAAUACGGUCCGCCUGUCCGACAAACUCAAUGCAGACCCCUCCUACCUCGUCAUGUUCGACCAACCCUUCCCCGGCGCCAUGACUGAGGAUCUCUUCGAAGAGGCGCGGUUUUACAAGAUGACGGCAAACAACAUGUUGAACUUGUCGUACGGCCGCAAGCUCCGUACCGCGGCGCCGCCCGUGGUGCCACCGGACAGUUUCAUACCACAGAGGCCACACAAACAACCCACACACAACAUACUGCGCAGGGAGGACGGACAUAAUUCUGCUUUUGCUAACUAUAGUCCGCCUGGAGACAAGGCAGUGUCGCCGGACGGCCGCAACCACAACGCUUCUGUUGCGAGCAACGGAUCACCCGGUCGGAAUAGCGCGACAGAUUUACUGAAAAGUCUACUGAAAAUCAGCGAGGAUCCUGAAGUUAAGAAGAGCAAGGAAACUCCGACAUCUGAAAAUUCUCGCAACUGGCGAGCGAAGAAUGACAAUACACAGUCGACUGCUGUCUAUCCUCAACAGAGCACUCCUCCUGUGUUUUGGAGUUUAUUUUCUGGGGGUCCGCCGCCGCCUCAGAACUGGCGCAAAGAGAAUGCAUCGCUCGGCAACAACAACCGACAGCCACCUGUCUUCUCUAACUACAAGAACCAGGCCGUUCCCUCCUUCCCGCCGUUUCCAACCUUCGGCCAACCCUACCCAGUUGCGAACCAGAUCCCGUUCCCCCAGUUCCAAAACCCCCACUUCCAACGCAACCAACAAUACAACAUGCCACGGAACCAAGGAUCACACAAUAGGAGCUUCGAGCCCACACAAAACAGGGGCUUCGAACAAUCACAGAACAGGAGUUUGGAACCAACUAACAUCAGGAAUUUGGAACAAUCCCAUAACAGAAAUUUCGAUCAACAACCACAGAACCGUAAUUUGGAUCCACCACAGAACUUCCCCAAACAUUUGCCCAGCGUUGGCGCUGUUGGACCCAACAUCACGUUGGGACCAAGUUGGCACCAACCUACUAAUCCACCUAAUACACAGAACCCAAGGUCGCCUAACGCUAACAGACCUCCCCCACAAACCAGCAACGACAAAGUCAACAAUCCAUUCGUACCAUUACAAGUACAAACCAGGCGUGUCUCCCACCCCGGCGGCUCGUCAAGUAAGCAGGAUUUGGGUCAGUCGUCGUCACAGAAGUCGACAUUACCCAAGCCACAGCCCACGACUGCACCGAUAAACCAACAGAACCAGGGCCAAACUGCGAAACCAACAAAGAAGAAGAAAAAGUCAAGAAUAGCAGCCAACCUGCCUUUCCAAAUAGAUUAA